UGACCACAAGUGUGUGUGUGAGAGAGAGGUAGCUAACAUUAAUAAUGUAAUGAAGGAAAGAGUAAAAUGAAAUAGAGAGAGGGCAUCGUCAUCAUCAUCAUCCAUCAUCACCUUGUAGAUCAAAGGAAUCCUCUCCUCCACUGAUAUCCCUAAUCAUGAGAGACCCUCCUCCUCCUCCUCCUCACUAUAAUUUCUCCACUGCAGCAGCUGGAUGGUUUAACUUCAUCCCACUCCACUCUCACUACUCAUCAGUCCCACCACCAAACCCUCCUCCUCCUCCUCCUCCUCCGCCACCUCCCAAGGAGCCCCUUCCUCUCCUCAACACCCUCAGCCUUACUCUCACCACCAAAGAAUUACACCUAAUUCACCAACACCCCUCAUGCACUUCUACUACCAGUACUAGUGAUGAGAAUGUUAGCAUAGCCCUACAAAUAGGCCUUCCGCUCACCCCUACUUCUGCUGAUCUGCACCACCACCCCUCCUCCUCCUCCUCCUCAUCAAGGGUUUCUACUUAUGCUUCUGCUGCUGGAUCAGAAUCAAUGGUGGAGAAAGAAGGUGUGGAUAUACUCUCAGGGCUGCCCUUGAACAGAUUCAACAUGGGUCAGUACUGGAUUCCCACUCCUUCACAAAUCCUCAUUGGACCUACUCAAUUCUCUUGUCACCUUUGUUCCAAGACUUUCAACAGAUACAACAAUCUCCAGAUGCAUAUGUGGGGGCAUGGAUCACAAUACAGAAAAGGGCCGGAGUCACUGAGAGGCACACAGCCAACAGCAAUGCUGAGGCUGCCGUGCUACUGCUGCGCGGCGGGGUGUAAGCACAACAUAGAGCACCCGAGAGCCAGACCCCUCAAAGACUUCAGAACCCUACAGACGCACUACAAGAGGAAGCACGGUGCCAAGCCCUUCAUGUGCAGGAAGUGCGGCAAGCCCUUCGCCGUCAAGGGCGACUGGAGAACCCAUGAGAAGAACUGUGGCAAGAUUUGGUAUUGCUUCUGUGGCUCUGAUUUCAAGCACAAGAGGUCCCUCAAAGACCACAUUAAGGCCUUUGGCCAUGGACAUGGCUACCGACACCACGCCCAUAACAAUUACGAUACUUAUAACUAUAAUCAUGAUCAUCUGGACGAGGAGGAUGAGGAGGAGGAGGAAUCGACUUCUGAGAUUUUUGAUCUUCACAAUGGUGAUCAUGAUGAUCAAGAUAAUCCGUCUCCAAUGUCAUGAUCAUCCGUCUCUUUUUUUUUUUCCUUUUUUUUCUUUUAUAUAUAUGUGUGUGCUUGCAUGGUGUUGGAAUUAAGUGGAGGAGUUUGAUCUUUUCUUUUCCCUCUUUUUUUUUUUUUUUUGGUUUUGUUUUGGGAUUUUGUGUGUGGAAAGUUAAUUUGUUUUGAGUUAUAAAUGUGUGAGAAGAAAAAGUUUUUUUUUCUUCUUUUAUCUAAUUAUAAUUAUUAGAUUUCCAAUUGAAUUAUAAAUGAUCCAGCAUGCAGAUGAUCUUUUUCUACAAUUGUACAAUGGUGGUUGUUUAUG